AUGGGGUCUCUGGUUGCUGAAACAGUCAAGAAGAAAGCAAUGUGGUUGUAUCCAAAGGUUUUGGGUUAUAAUCCUUCUGAAAGAUGGGGGCACUCUGCUUGCUUCUCUGGGGGGCUUAUGUAUGUCUUUGGGGGUUGUUGUGGAGGGCUACAUUUCGGAGAUGUUCUGUGUUUGGACCUUGACAGAAUGGACUGGAGCAAGCUUGUCACCACGGGUGAAAAGCCAGGCCCUAGAGAUAGCCAUAGUGCUGUUCUUGUGGGGCAUAGAAUGAUAGUUUUCGGUGGCACAAAUGGGUUAAAGAAGGUGAAUGGCAUUCAUAUAUUGGACCUUGUUACCAAAGAGUGGAUUCGUCCUAAAUGUGAAGGGACUCCUCCAUCUCCAAGGGAAAGUCACACUGCUACUCUAGUUGGUGAUGAAAGACUUGUUAUUUUUGGUGGCAGUGGUGAAGGUGACGCAAACUAUUUAAAUGAUUUGCAUGUUCUAGACCUUCGAACCAUGAGGUGGACUUCUCCUGUGGUCAAAGGUGAUUUGCCUGUCCCCAGGGACAGUCACAGCACUCUUGCAAUCGGGAACAAGCUUUUUGUGUAUGGUGGAGACUGUGGUGAUCAGUAUCAGGGCGAUGUUAAUGUGCUGGACAUGGACACAAUGAAUUGGUCAAGGUUGAAAAUUCAAGGCUCUUCCCCAGGUGUCAGGGCUGGUCAUGCGGCUGUGAACAUUGGCACCAAGGUCUACAUCAUUGGAGGGGUGGGAGAUAAACGUUAUUACAAUGACAUAUGGGUCUUUGAUAUCUGCACCUGUUCGUGGGCUCAGCUUGAUAUUCGUGGUCAACCGCCACAGGGACGAUUUUCUCACACAGCUGUUGUUGCAGACAUGGAUAUUGCCAUAUAUGGCGGGUGUGGGGAAGAUGAACGUCCUUUGAACGAAUUGCUAGUGUUGCAACUUGGAGCAGAGCAUCCAAAUGGACGUUACAACAUAUCCAUGUGCAAAGUUUUUGGAACUUAUUGGAAUCAAGAAAAGAGGGCCAUACCUCGAGGAGCCGAUACCAACUUGACAACUCCAUGCCCGGAGAAUAAUAUGGAAGCCAUAGGAAAAUGGACUAAUGAAGUUGUAUCUGAUAAAGUGCAACCUUGUAACAUUGAUUCGGGCACUUCACAACAGAAGAGGAGGAGAAUUGCCGUUGCAAAGGUGUGGGAUGUUGAAUCAGAACAGGAAGAACAUUCUCUUUCACUGUCCCAGCAUUCAUCUCCUUCUCAAUCUGAUCAAGAACAGACCCCAGCUCAAAGAGGAAAUGUUUCUAUGAUGGAUUCUCGGAGGUACCAUUGGUUCAAACAGAUCAAUAAAAGUCCAAGCUAUUGCCAGCAUGACAAUGGCUCAAGUAAUACCACAGUUUUAAAGAAUACCACAGAAAGAAGUGUUCAUCUCAUGGAACAUCAACAACCUAAACAAGAGCAGUAUGUUCACGUUGAUGAUGAUAGAAAAGGACCCCGACACACUCAACACCUGAUUGGUGCUGAAGUUCGGGGGAAAGUUGAUGGAGCCUUUGAUUCAGGUUUACUCAUGACUGCAGCAGUUAAUGGAAGAGUUUUCCGAGGAGUCUUAUUUGCACCGGGAGCAGCAGUAUUCUCCUCAUGUGUGGAGCCAAACUGUUCUUUAUCAUGUUCAUUUCCCUCCACUCAACCAUUUACGAACUCAAAUCAUGUGAGGAAUUCCCAGCAAGUAACUAGUUGUUCGCGUGCAGAGCCCUGCCAUGGCUUCAGGCAACCUGGGCUAGCACAGCCAUCACCAAUCAUGAGAGGCACUACUUCUACAUCUCUAGCCAAAGAUCAUCAAAUGAGGAGUGACCUUCAAGGCUUGGUUUUGACACUUGGAGGGCCUGCAAGUGGUAACCAUGCUUGA